AUGUCUUCGCUUCAGUUAAUUGGUGAAAAAGGUAGCUACUUAUUGACAUUAACUAAUAAUUUGAAAUUAUCUAUAGCUACUGCUAUUUAUCAACCUAAAUUAAGUGCUUCUUUGAGUGAAAAUGACUCAUCUCUCUCAUUGACCGAUAAGAAGACAGGCUUCGAAUUAUCGGAACCAAAUGCUAUAGUAAAGUACCUUGCAAAUGAUUUCAGCAAAGAUAGUGUUAUAGAGUUCGAAGAAACUGGCCUUUAUAAAGCUUUGAAAUCGAAUAAAAAGGAUGCAGUUGUUCAGGCCAUCAAUGAGAGCUCUGUACAACUUGAAAAGGUAGAAACUUCAGCUAGCCAGAUCAUUCUUUUUGCUGCGGUAUAUGGGGCAUUAAAUGAUGGUAAGAAUGAAACUCCAAUUAGCAAGUGGUUUAAGGAAUUUAGUGAACUUCCAAAAGUAUGCGAAGGUAUUAAGCAUGCCUUGUCUAUUACAACAUUAGAAAGACAAAAGAGCGAGAAUACUGGAGUUCAAAAGGUUCAAGUCGGUCAUUUAGUGAAGAAGCAAGCAGACAGAAUUCUCCCAAAGGAAAACGAAAGAAAUAUCUUGAUUACUUCUGCAUUGCCAUACGUGAAUAAUGUUCCACAUUUGGGUAAUAUUGUUGGUUCUGUUUUAUCAGCAGAUAUUUAUGCUCGUUAUGCUAAGAAUAGAAACUAUAAUGCUUUGUUUAUUUGUGGUACAGAUGAAUAUGGUACUGCUACUGAAACUAAGGCUUUGGAAGAAAAAAUUACACCAAAGCAGUUAUGUGAUAAAUACCACAAGAUCCACAAGGAUGUUUAUGAUUGGUUUGAUAUAGGAUUUGAUUAUUUCGGAAGAACUACUACUACUCAACAAACUGAAAUUGCUCAAGAUAUCUUUAUGAAAUUAUUUAAUAAUAAAUAUUUAGAAGAGCAGACCACUGAACAAUUGUACUGUGAAGAGCAUAAUGCGUUUUUAGCCGAUAGAUUUGUUGAAGGUACUUGUCCUAAAUGUCAAUAUGAGGAUGCCAGGGGUGACCAAUGUGACAAGUGUGGUAAUUUAUUGAAUCCAUUCGAAUUGAUAAACCCUCGUUGUAAGGUUGAUAAUGCUAAACCAAUUCCUAGAAACUCCACUCAUAUUUACAUUAAAUUGAAUGAUUUGGAACCAGAACUUAAGGAAUGGGUUGAAAAAGCCUCCGAAGAGGGUGCUUGGUCGAAGAAUUCAAAGACUAUCACCAAUUCAUGGUUGAAACAAGGUUUAGAGCCAAGAUGUAUCACUAGAGAUUUAGUUUGGGGUACACCUGUUCCAUUGGAAAAAUUCAAGGAAAAGGUCUUAUAUGUUUGGUUUGAUGCCACAAUUGGUUAUGUUUCUAUCACUGCAAACUACUUCAAGGACGACAAAACAGAGGAUUGGAAGAAAUGGUGGAGAAAUCCAGAAAAUGUCGAUUUAUACCAAUUUAUGGGUAAGGAUAAUGUUCCUUUCCAUACUGUUGUUUUCCCAGCUACGCAAAUUGGUACUAGAGACAACUGGACCAAAUUGCACCACUUGAAUACAACCGAAUAUUUACAAUAUGAAAAUGGUAAAUUUUCUAAAUCGAGAGGUGUAGGUGUAUUUGGUAACAAUGCAAAGGACACUAACAUUUCUCCAUCAGUCUGGAGAUACUACUUAGCUUCUGUGAGACCUGAAACUUCAGAUUCUCACUUUUCCUGGACCGAAUUCGUUACUAAGAAUAAUUCUGAGUUAUUGGCUAACUUGGGUAACUUUGUCAAUAGAUUAGUCAAGUUUGUUAUCGCCAAAUAUAACGGUGUUAUCCCAGAAUUUGAUCCUAAGAACAUUCCAGACUAUGAUCAAUUUAAUUCCGAAAUCAAUCAAUUAUUAGCUAGUUACAUUGAAAAUAUGGAAGCCGUCAAUUUACGUCGUGGUUUAGAAAUCGCUAUGUCUAUCUCAUCUCGUGGUAACCAAUUUUUGCAAGACAACAAAUUAGACAAUAAUUUGUAUACUAAUUUACCGGACAAAUCUGAUGCUGUUAUGGGCGUUGGUUUGAAUUUGAUUUACUUGGUUAGUGCUAUCAUUAGUCCUUUCAUGCCAGAAACUACUACCCAAAUUUGCGAAGUUUUGAAUGCCCCUCCUUUAUCUAUUACCGAUAAGUUCGAAUUAGUUUUAGAACCUGGUCACUGUAUCGGUAAGGCCCAAUACUUGUUCAAGAGAAUUGAUGAAAGCAAAAUCGAUGAAUGGAGAAGCUUAUAUGGCGGUCAACAGAAGGCCUAA